AUGACGUUACACAACUACAUCUACUUCACAUUAGAUUAGUACACAGAGCUUGUUAUACACACAUAGUUCGAAUUAAACCAGUUUCAAAAACGCAAGGAUGGAACUACAGCAGGGAAUGAUAUUUCAUUUAAUGAUUUUAUACCUUUUCCUUACACAAGGAUGCGGCAAAAUGUGCGAUGAAAGAUGCUGUUUAAACUAUUACAAACAUCGAAAUGGAUCCUGUGUCGAGUGUCCACUUGGUACAUAUGGAGUUAACUGUAGCGAAACCUGUGUCCGUGGAUACUAUGGCAAAUUGUGUCUGUCAGAGUGUGAAUGUUCCGUUCAUAAAUGCGACAAAAAGUAUGGCUGUUUGGUGGACAGAGUCAAUGAACCUCAGGACGACAAACGUGUCUGGACAGAUGUAGGGUACACUUUGGUAGGGUCCUUUACGACUUUGGGCAUUGUCGGCCUCAUGAUUUGCCUUAAGUCAUGGUGUUCAAAAAGAAGUGUUUCAAGUCAGGAUACUAACCAGAAUGAUAUUACUCAUCCAGAGAAUCACGAAGAAAAUCCUUAUGAGAUUCAUAGAAACUCGUCAUCCAGUGAAAGUGACGAUGUGGUUCCAGGACAAGCUACUAAUUCAGAUGACUAUACUGACUUACGAUUCUCCAGGAUGGAACCAGAACAGUGCACUACAAGCAGAAUGGAAGAUGACACUAAGCCUCAGCUUCCGUCUAAUAAAACCAUUCCUGAAAACAGUCACCAUGAUGAAGAUAAAAGCGAUGCAGGCGAAAACAACGGUGGGAAAUACAGCCAUUUAUCUCGACAGUCUACAUAUAAUGUAUUAUCUUUUCCCCGUUAUCAUCCUGAAAAACUGUUAUGUUUAGGGUUAGCAGAUUUUUCCUCCAUGAUUGAGCAAUAUCCAGAUGAACUUGUAGGUGAGUAUGACUCCAUUGACAUGAAUCAUAACAAGGAAAGUCCACAGGAGAUGGAGAAAAUACAAUCCGAGGAAGAAGCCGUCCGCCAAAGUCUGAUAGAUGAAACAGUGAACCAGUAAAUACUGCUAUCUCAAACAAGGAAAGAGAGAGAUAUAUGCCCAUGAAAGUUGAUAUUGAUAAAGAAAUCUUUCAGUUUAAAGUAAAAAGUAAGAGUCUCCCGCCUGGAAAAGUGGGUCACAAAGAGAUUUUACCUACACGCCCAUGGAGUGUGACGAAAGGCCAUUGACAUAUGGGUAACUAUGACUUUUCAAAUCACUUAACAAGGAAGGAGAUGACAAGAAGAUUUUGUUUGUUUCUUUGAAACAUCACUAGCUACUAAUAGUGAGGAUUCUUUAUCGUGCCAAUCCCUGUCAUAAUUCACAGCAUUCCCGUUUAAAAGGUCUCAUCCUAAAGACCAACGAAUCUCUCUUCCAAACACCGGGCGUUCGGUGAUGGAGCGAUGACCACCUAUUUUACGUUUUAGGUUUUACACGGCUAAAAAAGAGCAAGACUCGAACCCAAGGUGAAGAAGCGAACACCUUGACCUCUGAGCUACCAUGACCGUCAUCUCGGCUGAGAUUCGUCUUGGCUGGAUAUUUGGACUGACGCCUUCACCGAAUCUCAGAGCAGUCCUUCACAAUUCAUGUCUGGAAAUUCAAAUUCAACAUCAGCCGGUCGAAGUAAUUAAUGUGCACGUAUUCCCGUUUACGAUGAUUGAAUUAAAAUACAACAGAACAAUAUUUUUAGUCAUCAUAUUUUUCUUAAUUAUUUCUGGAAAGAGAUUUUUUUUUAAACAUCAAACUUCAAUUUCUUGAAAACUGGUGGUUAAACCUGUACCAACUUUGUAAAUAGAAAAUACACAUGUAUAAUAAUGAUAUGAAAAGGUAGAAUUGAAAAAUUCUCUAUACAGCAAUAUAUAAAAAACUUUAUAAGAAA